AUGCUGCUGUUUCUGGCUGCCAUCAUCACAGGAGUCAUCCAGAGAGAGUCAGACGACGCCAAGAAGAUCAACGCUCUCUCCAAACGCUACAGCGCGGUGGGAAGCCUGAAGAGCCGGUGGCAGGACUGGGCCUCAGAGCACACGGUCAACCAAAGACUCAACCCGUUCAGCGAAUACUUUGACUACAGCUACUCCAUGUCCACGAGGCUGGUGCGAGGCCAAGAGGGCUACGGGAGGCCAAAGGAGGCCACCAAGACGGCAGAGCGAGCCAAACGCGCCGAGCAGCACGUCCACCGCGAGAUCGCCGACAUGUGUCUGAUCAUUCACAAGAUGGCGGAGCCGGAUGGAGACGGAGAGACACGCUUCAUCGUGGCCAGUGCUCUCAUCGACGUCUCUCAGCAGAAAGCCUCGGACUUUAAAGACAAGUCCCUGGCGUUCAAAAACAGGCAAGCGCUGGCUCCGACACACCAGGGCACCUGCGUCUGA